UCCGUUUAAGUAUUGCCACCCUCGCCCUGGGGCGGUACAGCGUCCGCCUGCGAACCUCGGGAAUCAGCAGUUCGAACUCGCCAGCCGCCCCACAGGAGACAGGCUGGGGUUUGAAGCUUCAAAGUGGAAACUUAAAAACAGCGAAGAGGAGACCACUUUGCAGAACAGAUUUCCCACCCCUGAGCCUAGGUGCAACCUCUCCCUGGCUCUCAGCCACGUGCCAAAUCCUUCCCUUAGCGGAGACAGGAUGGACAGAUUCCUGGUGAAGCAGGCUCUCGGGGGCCGUUUGGGAAAGGGCCAGGAGAGGAGCUUGGAGGAAGAACAAGAUCCAGGUGAAGAGGCCGCUCUGCUAGGAAGAGAGGCGGGGGGCUCAAGGAAGAGGCUCAGGAGAGACUCUGAAGAGGAAAGAGACCCCGCAGAGGAGGGAGGCCUCCGCUGGCAGCACAUUCGGGCUGAGGGCCUAGACUGUGACUACACCAUCCUGUUUGACAGAGCAGAGGCGGGGGAGCUAUUCCAGCAGUUGGAGAAGGAAGUAGACUAUUUUACAGGGGCGCUGGCCAGGGUGCAGGUGUUUGGAAAGUGGUACCAGGUGCCGAGGAAGCAGGCAGCCUAUGGCGACGCAGGGAUGACCUACUCCUUUUCCGGCCUGACGCUCUCCCCGAAGCCCUGGACUCCCGUCCUGGAGCGCGUGCGGGAUCGUGUUUCUCGGGUGACUGGACAGACCUUCAACUUCGUGCUGGUCAACAGGUACGCAGAUGGCCGAGACCACAUCGGCGAGCACCGGGAUGACGAGCGGGAACUGGCGCCCGGGAGCCCCAUCGCCUCCGUGUCCUUCGGGGCCUGCAGGGACUUCAUCUUCCGGCAUAAGGACUCUCGAGGGCGGAGCCCUGCUCGGCAGGUGGACGUGGUCAGGCUUCCUCUGGCCCACGGGAGUUUGCUGGUGAUGAACCCCCCAACCAACACCCACUGGUAUCACAGCCUCCCCACCCGCAAGAGGGUUCUGGCUGCACGGAUCAACUUGACCUUCAGACACAUCCUGCCUCCGGCAAAGUAAAGGCACCAGCCACUCUGAAGACGG